GCCAGUUGUUUUGGAGUCGCUUUAAAGGAUGUUUACUUCAGUUAACUCGAAAUGCAACUCCAUUUGAUUAGAAACUACGCCAGCAAGGUCACCCCUGAGCGCUAUGCCAGCAGCAGCCUGAAGAUCUACCGCCGGGUGAGGCCGCCACCAAAGGUAAACAAACCAAAAAAGCCGGAGAAUAAUGUGGAGGGACAAUCUGAAUACGCGGAGAAUCUCGUGAAGGUGCAGAUGAUCUCGCGAAAUCUGCACGCGCAGCUGUUUCCCCAAGCCCCUCGCAGCAUUUCGGAGGAGCAGGUCGCCUCCGCCAAGGAUUACCAGGAUGAGUUGCGCAGGCACGGCGUCGACAUCGAAAGCUGUGCUCCUGUUCCGGAUGUCCAGCUGAAACUACCUCCGUUAAGGGGCGCCAAUAUCGAGGAGCACUUUUACAAUAUAGCUAAGGAACAGGUGCAGUCGUACGAGGAUCUGUUGCUUCCCCUGGUUCAGUGCGAGGAACUUCCAAAACGUCCUAAGCGUUGGGCCUUCUUUGCCGGCUGGACCGCUUAUGAUCCUGACAAUGGAACAGCCACUCCGGUGGAUCAGCCACUGGAAAAAGGACUUAUCUUCGAUGUGGAGGUGUGCGUCAACGAAGGACAGGCUCCUGUUCUGGCCACCGCUGUCAGCAAUAAAAGAUGGUACUCUUGGGUGAGUCCCAGACUCACCAAACAUCGUGUGAGUCUGCCCAAAACGGAGCCCCUGGACGUGGACACGGACACAGAGCGACCUCACUACUCUCCCGAUGAACUCAUACCUCUUGGAACAAGUGGACCUGGUCUGGUGGUGGGACACAAUGUCUGCUACGACAGGGCACGACUGAAGGAGCAGUAUUUAAUCGAGGACACGGGCACUCGGUUCGUGGAUACCAUGUCGUUGCACAUGUGCGUCAGUGGAGUGACCAGUUACCAGCGAGCCAUGCUCAAGUCCAAGAAGGAGCCAGCUCCCGAGGAUCUUGGUUGGCUGGAGCAGAGCUCCCUCAAUAGUUUGGUAGAGGUGCAUCGACUCUACUGCGGCGGCGAGCCACUAUCAAAGGAGCCAAGAAACAUUUUCGUUGAGGGCACCCUGGAGCAAGUCCGCCAGAGCUUUCAGUCGUUGACGAACUACUGCGCCGGCGAUGUGGAGGCCACCCAUCGGGUGCUCCGAGUCCUAUAUCCCAUGUAUGCCGAGCGCUUUCCGCACCCUGCUUCGCUGGCUGGCAUGUUGGAAAUGGGCUCCGCCUAUUUGCCCGUGAAUUCCAAUUGGGAACGUUAUAUACGAGAGGCACAGCUCACCUACGAGGAUCUCAGUAUCGAGGCCAAGUACCAUUUGGGACGCAGGGCUGAGGAAGCUUGCUCAUUGCUGCUCGACGAUCAGUAUCGCCAAAAUCUCUGGCUCUGGGAUGAAGACUGGAGUGUGCAGGAACUGAAGCUAAAACAGCCCCCAAAGCGCAAACCAUUGCCCAGGGAAGAGCGCCAGGAUCAUGGGGAUACCGCCGAGCAGCGUCGCCUGCAAGCCAAAUUCCAGCACCUCUACGAUCAACGGUCACUGCUCCCAGUUCGGAGACCCUUAUUACCCGGAUAUCCCCUGUGGUAUCGCAAACUAUGCCGAAAGCCACCAAGUAGAUCAAAACGGGAUGACGAUAUUCUGGAAGACGAGGAGGAAUCUUGGUCGCCAGGAGCCAGCGAGAUUAGCACUGGCAUGCAGAUUGCGCCCAAACUGCUUUCCCUCUGCUGGGAAGGAUAUCCCCUACAUUACGAGAGAGAGCAAGGCUGGGGUUUCCUGGUCCCUUUUCGCAGCGAUUCGGAAGGAGUAGACCGACUGCCCAUGGACCAACUUUUGGUGCGUUGUCCAGUACCUGAGUUUGCUCGGCAGUGCGCCUCGAAGGCGGAGAGUGAUCUGGCCUUAGAUAUGCUACCGAGUGAACUGGAGCAACACAUGGGAAAGCGAGAACACUACAAGAAGUUGUCUCAGAAGCAGCAACGCUUGGAAACUCAGUAUCAAGGCUCUGGUGUCUGGAGCAACAAAGUGCUGGAGGAUUCUUGCUUCUUCCUCAAGUUGCCCCAUAAAAAUGGACCCUCAUUUCGCGUGGGAAACCCUCUGUCCAAGGACUUUCUCAACAAGUUCUCAGAUAACGUGCUGAGCAGUGGAGAUCCAUCUUGUCAAGCUGCCGCCCGCGUCAUCGACAUUGCUCGCAUGAUGUCAUAUUGGCGAAACAAUCGGGAUCGAAUUAUGGGUCAGAUGGUUGUUUGGCUGAAUUCCCAGCAAUUGCCUAAGGAACUUAAUGGCGAAAAUUUCCACCACAUAUCCUACGGAGCCAUUUGUCCCCAAGUUGUAGCCUGUGGCACAUUGACUCGCCGUGCCAUGGAGCCCACAUGGAUGACGGCCUCGAAUUCGCGGCCUGAUCGCCUAGGAUCGGAGCUGCGCUCUAUGGUACAGGCUCCCCCCGGUUACAGGCUAGUGGGUGCCGAUGUCGACUCGCAGGAACUGUGGAUCGCUUCCGUGCUGGGCGAUGCCUACGCCUGUGGGGAGCAUGGCGCCACACCCCUCGGUUGGAUGACUCUCAGCGGUAGUAAGUCGAAUGGCAGCGACAUGCACUCCAUCACCGCAAAGGCGGUGGGCAUUUCCCGAGAUCACGCCAAAGUGAUAAACUACGCCAGAAUCUACGGAGCUGGACAGCUGUUUGCCGAGACACUGCUGCGUCAGUUCAAUCCGACAUUUAGUGCAUCCGAAGCGAAAGCCAAGGCCAUGAAAAUGUUUUCCAUUACCAAGGGCAAGCGAGUGUAUCGGCUGCGCGAAGAAUUCCACGACGAACUGGAGGAUAGGCCUUAUAGCAGCUACGAGGCUUCCCGACUUGCUGUGCAACGCAAUCGAGUUUUGACCGAAGUAUUUCAUCGUCCCAACUGGCAGGGUGGCACUGAGAGCGCCAUGUUCAAUCGUCUGGAGGAGAUUGCCACGAGGUCACAGCCGCAGACACCGUUCCUUGGUGGACGCCUUAGCCGAGCACUGGAGGCGGAAGGAGGUCCCGAUCAGGAGCAACGUUUCCUGCCCACUCGCAUUAACUGGGUCGUUCAGAGCGGAGCUGUGGACUUCCUGCAUCUAAUGCUGGUCAGCAUGCGGUGGUUAAUGGGACCUCACGUUCGCUUUUGUCUGAGCUUCCAUGAUGAAUUGCGCUACCUGGUCAAGGAGGAGCUUUCGCCUAAGGCGGCGCUGGCCAUGCACAUCACGAAUCUAAUGACGCGGUCCUUCUGCGUCUCCCGUAUUGGACUCAAGGAUCUGCCCAUGUCGGUCGCCUUCUUUUCGUCUGUCGAGGUAGACACUGUGCUGCGAAAAGAGUGCACGAUGGACUGCAAGACGCCGUCGAAUCCGCAUGGCCUGCGUAUAGGCUAUGGGAUUCAACCAGGUCAGAGUCUGAGCGUAGCGGAGGCAAUCGAGAAAGCUGGCGGCAAUGACGUUAGUCAGUGGGCUUGGAUAAAGCAGCAUUAGCUUGCGAGAACUUAAGUUUUCGUAGUUACUGCUAUGUACUUGUUUGUUACUUAAGAAUUUAACUAAGAUAUAUGCGGUUAAUAGUUCCUUUUGAACGUUUUUUAAGAAACAAAAAUGGAAUUGAAGUUUAAAAUUAGUUUAAAAUAAAUUAAGUUUUUCAACAAAUUAUGGUAAUUAAUAGGCUGUCAAUAUUGAGCAUAUUGAAUAUGAGAUUAUAUUUAGGACAAAUGACGCCCAAAGAUUAUAAAUUAGAGAUAAGAGUUAACUUUAGACCUUAAUGUUUGAAUUUGAAUAUGACGGACUUCCGCC